UGACAUAUCUCGAAAUAUUUGCUCAGAGUUUCAGUUUCUUUAUCAGAAUACACAAAUCUGAAGAGCCCUCCAGGCUGAGCGGCAAAAUGGUAAUCUAGCUGAACGUACAUGGACCCAGUCAAAAAAAAACACUCAUUCAUCUAUGUGACAAAAGGAAAAGAUGAAGAAGAUCACUGUGCAGCAAUUUAAAGAGAUCGUUGCCAAAGAACUGAAUAUCGGUGAACGCUCAGACUGCUGACAGCCGCCUGGGACAAAAAAAGGAAAGUAAGACUUUUUGAGAGUCCCCUCCACACGUUACUGGCUUCCUUACACAAUCGUCAGAGCCCGGGGGAAAUCCAAGAGGAAAGAUGACUCGCCGUAAAAAAAAACCCUCUCGGAAAUGUAAAGCAACUACAGAGAAGGAGCAUAAGGGCAAUAAAGUUGCAGUCACUCCGCCACAGAGACGUUAUUAUGGUCUGCGUAAUCAGGGAGCAACGUGUUACCUCAACAGUGUCCUGCAAGUUCUCUUCAUGACUCCAGAGAUCCACGACAGGUUGAAUGAAGAAUCACAAACAGACCUUCAGCUGAGAAAAAUCUUUGCCGGCCUGAAGAAACAGACAUGUGGAACAGAAGCUUUCACAGAAGCAUUUGGAAUUACGAAUGUUUGUCAACAAGGUGAUGCUCCAGGAUGCCUGGAAAUGAUUUUACAUAAUAUCAGCUCAAAAGCCUCUGAGGUUUUGAAAGGAAAGAUGACAUACACAACAAAGUGCUCCAAAGGCCACUGCAUCAAUGAGGAGACUAAUCCGUUCUUGACUCUUCCACUGUCACUGAUGACUGAUGCAACCUGCAGUGUGAAAGACGGCUUUGAAAGGAUCUUCCAGCUUACAUCAUUCAGUGGAGACAGCAUGGUGUACUGCAAUGAAUGUAACAACAAAACGGAGGCAACAAGUAGAUGUGAGAUGGUGAAAUUUCCUCAGAUUUUGACUCUGCUCCUUAAAAGAUUUGACUUUGACUACAGCUCCAUGUCACAUGUCAAAUCACACUGCCGUGUGGACGUGCAACAUACAUUACAAAUGCAGAACAAGGAGUAUGAACUGUAUGGGAUGGUGAAUCACUUUGGCAGUCUGAGAGGUGGACAUUACACAGCCACCAUCCUGUCCAAUGAGGACAAAGCCUGGUAUGAGUUUAAUGACACUGAAGUCAACAAGGUUGGAGAGCAACCAUUUGCAAAAAACAAGUCUUACACGUAUGUCUGA